AUGAAGCCUUUACACUUGCCUCUCUCUUCAUGGCUACUAGCCUUGCAGCCUACUGUGACAUUUGCUUAUUGGCGCAUGGCUUGCGCCGUCUCACAAACCUCUAGGGCCGACCCCAUCGUGGAUCCAGGUACCGUGUCUGGACAUGUACAUAAAUUUGCAGGAGGAAACAACGUUAAUCAAAAUUCGGACUUCAAUUCACUGCUGUCGUCGACAUGCUCAUCCUGCGAGAUUCAAAGCGACAAGUCUGCUUAUUGGACGCCCCAACUGUACUUUGCCCAUGCAAAUGGCAAGUUUGAAGAAGUUCCAAACUUCGGCAUGACAGUUUAUUAUGUCGCAGGACGAGGAGGGACUUCUUCGAAUACGCAACCCUUUCCCCCAGGGUUUAAAAUGAUCUCUGGAGAUUCAACAGCAAGGUCGUAUGAUAGUACAACCAUGACAUAUUUGAAUACACGGCCAGUGGCCGACAGGGUAAGUUUUCGUUGUAUUGAUGAAGCUAACGAUAUUCCAGAACAACACUAUAUGUUUCGAACUGACUGCGUCAAUGGUAUGCGAGCUCAAAUCAAUUUCCAAUCUUGCUGGGACGGCGAGAAUCUCUAUCUUGAAAACUCUGCACACGUCGCAUAUCUUUCUGGCAUAGACUAUGGCUCCUGCCCUCCUUCGCAUCCCAUCCCUAUUCCUGGGUUGUUCUUCGAAGUCCUCUACUUCACCAAUCAGGUCGAUCAAUCCGGGGGUGGAGAGUUUGUCUUCUCAAAUGGUGACGCUACAGGCUAUUCAUUUCAUGCCGACUUCAUCAAUGGCUGGGACAUGGAUAUACAGGAUGCAGCCGUGAAGAAUUGUCUGUACACUGACGAUGGUGGCGUUAUAAGUGCCUGCGAAUAUCUUGCUCCUAACCAGGACGUCAAUUUUGCGCGGACCUGCCCGCAACAGCCCUCGGUAUUUGACGAACAAUCCCUUGGUGUCAUAGACGCUUUACCCGGUUGCAAUCCUAUCACACAUGGCCCUGAGAGCGUUGUUCAAGAGACCUGCCCUGUAGGGCAACAUGCCCUGGAAGGACCAUCCGCUAGCAGCCAAUCUUCUACGACACUACAACCGACCACCUUGGGAUCGAGCUCCGCUGCAUCAUCUACACCAGGAUCCGUUCAGCCAGCUGUGGAUAGUAGUUUGGCAGUCUCAAGUUCCAGUGCUUCUUCUGUCUCGACGUUCGCGUCCUUCAAUCUAUCCUCCACAAAAUCAUCAACUAUUGCAGGGGCUUCAGGCCUGUCACCCUCGUCACAAAUCCCUCCAUCAAGCACACAAGAUCCAUCCACCUCGACAACGUCCAUGGAUACCACUACUUCACCAUCAUCAACGCCUAGUUCUGGAGUCAUUGUUAACUCAACUGCGUCCGCGGCCCCGACUUUGACUUCCUUAGAAGAUCCAACAGCCCCUAUAACCGAUGGUCCAACUGGGUCUGUCACCUCGGUACUGUAUCCAGACACAUCCAUUACCACUGCCACAUUAUCAAGUCAAUCCUUUGGAGACCUCAGCUCAAGCGUUUCUCCGUCGGGCCAAGUCACGUUCACAACUCUAGAGACAACCUCACCCAUCAACGGAGCGCAGGAGGAGUCAAUAUCUACAACAACAGUUACAAGUUACACGACUAUAACAGUGACCAUUCCUUUCAACAGAGCCGGGAACUUUAUUGCUGUAACAACCACAGCUUCUUCGGCUGUUCAGAGUGCAAUUCCUGGAGCUCAAUCUACAACAACUAUCCUGAUGACUUCAACAUCGGGAGACUAUUCCAGCACCGGAGUUCCACCGAAUACCAUCCGAACAGAAGGCAGUACAGAGUCGCUAGCUCCAACCGGGACAGCGGUCAGCACGCCCAUUGCGGUCGACGAAACUGUGACUAUACAAACGACAGCCACCCUCGUUAGCAGUGGCGAAAUAUUCACAAUUACCGGACCCACGACGACCACAUUUCUUUCUGAUGCAGCUACGAGUAUGGGAGAUGACGUGGAGUCUACCACGACCAUGUGGACCACUGUGACAAUGUUUGUAACAGUCACACCUACAAGUACUCGCACCAUCCAUUACGGGACAAUGUCUUCCACUGGCGCAGUGGCCCCCGCGACUACCUCUCAGGACACUACCUUUGCCACUUCCGUUGUGAGUCCAGGUGCGGGAAGCAGUGUGCUUGUCUCCUCGACAAUCAGCAUCGAUAAUGCCCUAGGCUGCUCGCUUUACUCCGAAUAUUCUCUGGUGGGAUGCGCUUACUCGCCAGACUCCCCGACAGGAGCGGCGGCCACAGCUUUUGUCACAGUGACAGCUCCAAUCGCGGAAGAGACAACAUCAACAGCCCAAACAACAUUGAUGCUGUCGAUAUCAUCCAUCAAUACAACAGUCUUCACCCUUCGAGGACGAAAAGUCACUUUAAUAGGGUGA